CACGGGCCCACCACGUGAUCGCGCCUACUCUCUCUUUCUCUCUCUCUCUCUCUCUCUAUCUCCCUUCUUGGAUUCCAUUCCAUUCGAUUUCUCUCUCUUUCUCUCUCCCCCACAAAUCAAAUUCAAAUGAAUUUAUAGACCAAGAAAAGUCUUGUUCAUUCUCCCAGUUACGUUUUCUCUUACACGUCCCAUCAUCAUAUCAUAUCAUAUCAUUUAUUUUCAAUUUCAAUUUCAAUUUCAAUUUCAAUAUUUCAUAUCAUAUCUUAUCACCCCCUUCUUCUUUUGCCCUUUUCCUUAAUUCCCACUAAUCAUCAAUCGCCAAGAUUCCGAUCAAUCGACCCAUCCCAAAAAAAAAAAAACAAACAAAAACCAUUCUUACAUGACCACGACAAAAUUGAUUUACCUAUAUAGAUUUUAUACUAAUAAUCAUAGGCUAAUUUAAUUAAACAAACGAUCAAUCGAUCGGCUUAUAUAUAUAUAUAUAUGGAGCCGCCGCCGAGCGGGGAGGGGGAUGAGCCGCCGCCGCCGCAGCCGCAGCCGCCGGAGACAAGCGCCGAGGCUGCAGGAGGAUCGGCUGCGCCGAGCCGAUACGAGUCACAGAAACGGCGCGACUGGAACACGUUCCAGCAGUACCUGAGAAACCACAAGCCGCCGCUGACGCUGGCGCGGUGCAGCGGCGCGCACGUGAUCGAGUUCCUCAAGUACCUGGACCAGUUCGGGAAGACCAAAGUGCACGUGACGGGCUGCCCGUACUUCGGGCAGCCUAACCCGCCGGCGCCCUGCGCCUGCACUCUGAAGCAGGCCUGGGGCAGCCUCGACGCGCUCAUCGGACGCCUACGCGCCGCCUACGAGGAGAACGGCGGCCGGCCGGAGGCCAAUCCGUUUGGCGCCAAGGCCGUUAGGAUUUAUCUGAGAGAGAUUAGGGAAAGUCAGGCGAAGGCACGUGGAGUGCCAUAUGAGAAGAAGAAGCGAAAGCGUGCCUCGUCGUCGUCUUCUGCACGCGCCGCCGCCGCCGCCGGAGAUGGAGACGGAGCUGCAAGCGGUAGCGGUGGCGGUGGGCUCGUCUCUCCCGGCGAACCGCCCAGUUAAUAAUAAUAAUAAUAAUAAUAGUAGUAGUGAUAUAUGAAAACACACUGUUAAUUACAAGCAAAUGCUAAAUUGUUAUUUAUAUAUCCUGUAAUACAUUAUUAAUUUUAUUUUAUUUUUUCAAUAUAGUAACUGUUAAUUGUGAA